AUGACAUUCAACGCCUCGGUGGCGAUCGCCGGCAAAUGGGUGUUCAAUGUGUGGGUCUGUGACUUCUGGAACAGUUGCGAUGUGCUGUUCAGCACCGCCUCCAUAAUGCACUUGUCGUGCAUAUCGUACGACCGAUACUAUGCCAUAAUAAAGCCGUUGGACUAUCCCAUGAAGAUCACGUCGAAACGGGUGGGCAUAAUGAUCACGUUCGUGUGGAUUCUGGCGGCGCUCAUCUCGUAUAUACCCAUCUUCACGGGCCUGUACACGACGGAAGCGUACAUGGUCGAGCGGCUCAAACACCCCGAUGAGUGCAUAUGGGAAGUGAACAUUCCGUACUCAAUCGUGUCGAGCACAGUGUCCUUUUGGCUGCCCUGCGGUUUCAUGUUAGCCGCCUAUUACCAGAUCUAUAAGGAGGCCAUCAAACAGGAGAAGUUCAUCUAUAAGUCCCAGCAAAUGGCCAUCAAUACAAACACUAACCAUCAUAAUCAUCAUCCGAGAAACUCCACCGACGCCACCAACUCUAUACAGGUAUGA